ACACACACGAGCACAGUUCCAACAAGACGGAGCUUGUUGGGUCACUUGAACAAACGACAAUGGAUAAUGCAAGUAAAACACAGAGAUCACAAAAACAGAGACUCUCUCUCUAUCUCUCUCUCUCUCUCUACAAAUGUCUCUCUCUCUCUCCUUCUCUUCUUCCCUCUCCAUCCUCUCACCUCCACUCCUAAAACCCACCUCCAUAUUUGCCACCACAACUCCUCUCCACUCUCUCUCCGUCAAAUCCUCCAUUGACAAGGACCCCGCUUCCACUUCCAAUCCCAAGCCCAACACCACAAAACCCAGCUCCUGGGUCAGCCCCGACUGGCUCACCUCGCUCACUCGGUCCCUAACCAUCGGCAGAGACGAGGACUCGGGAAUCCCCAUAGCCAGCGCCAAGCUCGACGACGUCUCCGAUCUUCUCGGCGGCGCUCUGUUCCUCCCGCUCUUCAAAUGGAUGAAUGAUUACGGACCCAUUUACAGGCUCGCCGCUGGGCCCAGGAAUUUCGUCGUCGUCAGCGACCCCGCCAUUGCCAAGCAUGUUUUGAGAAAUUAUGGCAAGUACGCCAAGGGCCUUGUUGCUGAGGUCUCUGAGUUUCUUUUCGGGUCGGGUUUCGCCAUCGCAGAAGGCUCGCUUUGGACGGCAAGGCGCAGGGCUGUGGUUCCAUCUCUUCACAAGAAAUACUUGUCCGUGAUAGUCGACCGUGUGUUUUGCAAAUGCGCUGAAAGGUUGGUGGAGAAGCUGCAAGCCAGUGCACAAGAUGGCACUGCCGUGAACAUGGAGGAAAACUUUUCUCAGUUGACGCUCGAUGUUAUCGGUCUCUCGUUAUUCAACUACAAUUUUGAUUCUCUUGCUGCUAAUAGCCCUAUUAUUGAUGCGGUUUACACUGCAUUGAAAGAGGCGGAGGCUCGUUCCACAGAUAUAUUACCAUAUUGGAAGAUUAAAGCUUUGUGUAAAAUAAUCCCUAGACAAGUAAAAGCUGAACAAUCAGUUACAGUUAUCAGGGAAACUGUUGAAGAACUUAUUGCUAAGUGUAAAGAGAUUGUUGAAGCUGAAGGUGAACGGAUUGACGAGGAAGAGUACAUAAAUGACGCUGAUCCCAGCAUUCUUCGGUUCUUGCUUGCCAGUAGAGAAGAGGUUUCAAGUGUACAGUUACGCGAUGACCUUUUGUCUAUGUUAGUUGCUGGCCAUGAAACGACGGGUUCGGUUUUGACUUGGACGGCGUAUCUUCUAAGUAAGGAGUCAAGCGCAUUGUUGAAAGCUCAAGAAGAGGUUGAUAGAGUUUUGCAGGGAAGAUCUCCUUCUUAUGAAGAUGUAAAGGAUCUAAAGUUCUUGACACGUUGCAUAACCGAGUCGUUGCGUCUCUACCCACAUCCUCCUGUGUUGAUAAGAAGAGCUCAAGUUGCUGACAAGCUACCUGGAAAUUACAAGGUUAAUGCCGGUCAAGAUAUUAUGAUAUCAGUGUAUAAUAUUCAUCGUUCUUCAAAGGUGUGGGAGAGAGCAGAAGAGUUUGUACCAGAAAGGUUUGACAUGGAAGGUCCAGUGCCAAAUGAAUCAAAUACAGAUUUCAGGUUCAUUCCGUUCAGUGGAGGGCCUCGCAAAUGUGUUGGCGAUCAGUUCGCCCUGUUGGAGUCUAUUGUUGCUCUAGCGAUCUUUUUGCAGCACUUCACCUUCGAGCUCGUUCCAGAUCAGAAUAUUGGCAUGACUACCGGAGCUACAAUACACACAACAAACGGUUUGUACAUGAAACUGAGCUCAAGGCCAACAAAUCCUCAGUUGGUUCCUCCUCUCCAUCUAGGUGAAACUGAGACAGAAUUAGUAUACCCCAAGUGUUGAAACAACAUUAAUUUUCUCAACUGAAAGCCGGAAAAAAAAAAAAAAAAAAGAAAAAAAAAAAAAAAAAAAAAAAAAAAAAAAAAAGAAAAGAAGUGAAAAGAAAGUAAGUUCUGGUAGUGUUCAUUGCUCAAUUUCAUUUGCUUUAUUGUUGUAAUUCUUUUGAUGGACAAGUUGACAAGUCUGUAACAGCAUCUUACUCCUUAUUCUUGCCAACGGAUUAAGUUGACUAACACCACUUACCCUAUUGCCCUGUUUGGAAUAAGUUCAAGCGAUUGAAAUUCGUCCACAAUGAUAUCUCUAUACUAAAUUA